AUGCAGAUUCGGCUGGUUUCCGAGGGAUGGUUGGCCAUCGUCCUGGCAUGGCUAUCUUUGGUGUCGGUCGGCUCAUUUGCGCAAACAAUCGGUCCAUCCAACGCCACGCAAGAUCUCGAACCCGUUGCAACCUCUCCUCGGUUUAUCCUGAACGGCUCCGAGCUCGCGGGCAUAUCAGCCGUGCCAUUGGCACCUGUCGGGCCUGAAACUGGACUGUCCCAUGACUACUUCGUCCAGCUUCGUGUCCAGGGCCAUCUGGUCAAUGUUGAUGCAAGCAAUGCUAACGAUAUCUCUGGUGGAAAUCAAUUUUCUUACCUUUCGUGCGAUCCCGAGAGUUACACUGGCAAUCUGGACGCGGGGGAGGUGUUUCGUAUAGUGGUAAACUCACCUAGCGCGAACCUCGUCAUCCUAUACAGCGAAACCAGCAAUCAUUGUCUCGUCACGGGACUGAGCAACCUCCCGAACAUGGCUCAUAUCUUCACAACCACUGAUCCAACCGUGGCAUCAAGAUUGGCCGCUUUGGACCUGAGUCAAAACAGUCCAGGAGUUGCUACUCUUCUACCAGAUCUGCAUUCAUACACCAAUUUUUCCAGCGGCUCCAGCGGCUCUAACGGCAAUAACUCUCCGGGUCAAUCUCCCACGACUGCCGUGGCAAUGAUCAUUUUGUAUUCCAUCACGGGUAUCAUCACCGCACUCUUCGUGGUCAUCAUUGUGACGGGCGCUGUCCGAGCCCACAGACAUCCGGAACGCUAUGGACCUCGAAAUAUCAUUGGACGAGGGCGACAGAGCAGAGCCCGAGGUAUCGCUAGAGCAAUGCUCGAAACCUUGCCAAUCGUUAAGUUCGGCGACCCGGUAGACCUUUCAAAGAAGCCUGCCGAAGGUGCAGACAUUGAAAUGAACGCUGGCAACACUGCAGAUCCAACCGCAGCUGAACACACUUCAUCUGAUAAGUCGGCAGUCAGAGAGGAUGCGACGGCUGCCGAUUCCGGUCCCGGGGGAUUGCCUGUGGCUAUUGCUACUAGUAACGCCGAUGGCACGGACGCAGAAGGACAUCUGGGCUGCUCGAUCUGCACCGAGGAUUUCAAGAAGGGAGAAGAAGUCCGCGUGUUGCCUUGUAACCACAAGUUCCACCCUGACUGCGUGGACCCCUGGUUGUUGAACGUCAGCGGAACGUGUCCACUCUGCAGAACCCACCUGCGACCCCAAACGCAGGACACUCACGCUGAAGGUGAAGGUGAGGGUGAAGCGGGUGAACGCCGCAGCUCGGGCGCCACCCUGCAGGCUGGCCACGACGGCCAAUAUCCACCUCCCCUUCCAGGUGCCGUCCAGCCAGAUGGUAGUGCCACGCGUCACGGACGUCGAGUACCCAUCGCCCACCUCCGCAGUCUGGUGCAUGUCUCCAGAGAAGACCGCAUUGCGGCUCUCCAACGGCUCAGGCAGGAGACGCUGCAGUCCGGCUCCCCGCGUCCAACAGAUGACGAGCGGUCCGGACUCACGCGAAGAUUCAGAGAGCGAUUCAGGAUACGGACGGAACGGAGGGGGACCGUGAGUGAGUAG